AUGGUAGCAAAAAGAACUCUGCUCCGGGGCCCUGUCACCAUCUCCGCGUGUACUAUCAGAGCUAAAGUUAACUGCCUACCUUCCCGAGCCAGGGUACAGAGCCUCGAUGCUGCCUCUAGAAAACAAAAAACUGCGGUCUGUCUCGACGACGAACUGCCGCCUUUACCGCAGAUAUUUCCAGAGGCUGCGUGGCAUCAGACCAGACCUCCGCAGGCACCAGGGCCGCGGCCGCCCCUAGCAGCCCAGCCGCGGUGGCGUAUCUGGGUUGUGCUAUUGGGGGAGCAGAAGCGCCAGGAGCACAUUUCUCGUCUCAUCCAGGGAUGA